CCCUGCCUGCUCGUCUCCCUCUCUCGCUGUCACGCUUUACUACAACCAGUCACGGCAUUCCAGAGAGGAAGUUACUAAGAUUGGAAAACGCAUAAACAAGUGUGAAGCUGUAAAAACUACGGGAAAGACAGCGUAGAAGUAAGAAUAGUGACAACGGUGGGUCAACAGAACAUGGAGUAGAAGCAGCGGCGGCUCGCAACAGAUGGAGGCGUUGAGAAGUUUGCUGUUUGUCGGGGCCGUGCUGCUUGGAGCGUCGGCUGCGCAGGGCAGAGAAGUAUGUCUCGGUACAGAUAUGAAACUGGCCCUGCCCUCUAGCCUGGAAAACCACUAUGUAACCCUGAAGCUGCUCUACACUGGCUGCCAAGUGGUGCACGGUAACCUGGAGAUUACGCAUCUUCAUGGAGACCCUGACCUCUCCUUUUUACAGGGAAUCGUGGAAGUGCAGGGUUACGUGCUUGUAUCCCAUGUUUCGGUGUCUCUGGUGCCGUUGGACAACCUUCGAAUCAUCCGUGGCAGCCAACUGUACAACUCCAGCUACGCACUGGCCGUACUUGACAACACGUUAAACGGAGAGGGACUGAGGACGCUCCGACUGCGGAGCCUCACAGAGAUCUUGCUGGGUGCUGUGUACAUUUGGGGAAACCCCCAGCUGUGUUUCCCAGAUCCCCAGAACAUUAUAUGGAGGGACACUUUGGAUGAGCAGAACAUUCACACCAGGCAGCACCGACUGCAGCAUCGAGCACCUAAAUGUCCAGCGUGUUCCUCUGUAUGUGCGAAUGUGAAAAGCUGCUGGGGUGAAACUGCGCAGGACUGUCAGACCUUGACUCGUACUAAAUGUGCGUCCGGCUGCCAGAGGUGCAAAGGUCCACUGUCCAGCGACUGCUGCCACAUGCAGUGUGCUGCUGGAUGCACAGGACCCAGAGAUUCAGACUGUCUAGCAUGCCGUCACUUUAAUGACAGUGGCGUGUGUAAAGAGAACUGUCCGCAACCAACCAUCUAUGACACGGUCACCUUUCAGACCAAACCCAACCCAAACAGGAAGUUUAACUUUGGGGCCACUUGUGUCAAGACAUGUCCCUAUAACUACCUUGCUAUGGAAGUGGCUUGUACUUUGAAUUGUCCCAAUGCCAACCAGGAAGUCAUAGUCAGCCAGCCUGAUGGAAGCGAGGCACAGAAGUGUGAGAAGUGUGAAGGAGACUGUCACAAAGUGUGUUAUGGCCUGGGUAUGGACAACCUUGGCAUUGUGGACAACCAUGGCGUGACUAUGGUAACAGCUUCUAAUGUGGAAGAGUUUAACGAGUGUAAGAAAAUCUUUGGAAGCCUGGCCUUCCUUCCUCAAAGCUUUGCAAGGGACCCACUGACAAACACAUCAGGUCUGACUGUGAAGCAGUUGAUGCCCUUUAGGAAUCUGGAGGAGAUUACAGGUUACUUAUACAUCGAGGGAUGGCCUGAAGAGUUGACCGAUUUGAGCGUGUUCGAGAACCUGAAAGUAAUCAGAGGCAGAGUGCUGUACAAGGGCGUGUUGUCACUUGGCGUCCAAAAUUUACACAUCCAGUCUCUGGGGUUGCGUUCGCUACGCAGUGUCAGUGGAGGUUUGGUCUUGUUGCACAACAAUUCCAAGCUGUGUUACACCGAAUCACUGUCCUGGGUGAGCCUGCUGCAUCCCACGCAAGGACCUCAUUACAUCAUCAACAACAACCAGGACCCUAACACCUGUGAGGACGAAGGACACAUUUGCCACCCAUUGUGCGAUGGUGGCUGUUGGGGCCCGGGGCCCAGCCAGUGCUUUUCCUGCAAAGGUUUCCAGCGUGGCAUCGAGUGUGUGGACCAUUGUGAUGUUGACCAGGGUGGAUGUUCUUUUGAUCCCAGGUCAAAGACAGGAACGUCGAGGCGGAGUUCCACGUUCAAACGGUGUUUUUAUUACAAAGAGAGCAAGAAGAAGCCAGAGAGUGUACAGAGUACAUUCAAACAAAAACAAUUAUGCAUAAAACCGAACGUACAGAGACUUUUCUCUGGAGUCAGUGCCGAUCUAGUAGCCUGCCGGUUACCCAGGACCUGUGCCAGGAGCGCUGACUCACCAACUGUCCCAAGACCUCUGAAUUUAUACAGACAUACAAGCAAGUUUGAUGUGGGAGUGGGUUUUCUCUUGGUGAACUUCCUCUGCAGGUGCGUUACCAUGGCAACCAUAGAAUGUCUCCCUCUUCUGCUUGCACACGUUCCAGGGGUCACUUACCAUUUCAGACAAGCACUAGAUGUUUAUUUUUAUAAACAUAGUUUAAGACAGACACUAGGCACCUCAUAUUGUCCAAGCAAAAGUUCUUGUUUUAAACUUCUUCAACCUUCUUGGGUCUGGUUCUCCUCUGGAGUCUGGCUGUCCUCUUGUUCCUCCUCUGGUGAGCCGUCCGCUGGAGUAGUUUGGGUCGUGUGGUACCACUUUCCUGGUCGUCCUUUCAGCUGCACAGCGUGCUGGGUCCUGGCCGUUGCCUCGUAUGGACCGUCCCACCUGGGCUGGUUCCUCCCCCUUUUGAGGACUUUCAGGCCUGUGCCAGAAUACAUCACCGGGUCACUGUGUGUCUCCUGUCACCCAGAGUGUCGACCUCUCAAUGGCUCUGUCUCUUGUAACGGCCCAGGGGCAGAACACUGCACAGAGUGCCGUAGCUUCCAGGACGGAGACUCCUGCGUGGACCACUGUCCCAGUGGGGUGAAAGAGGACCAGCAAACAGUGUGGAAGUACAGCAACGCCACGGGACACUGUCUGCCCUGCAAUAUGAACUGCUCGCUGUCCUGUACCGUGAUGGACGAGAGGGGCUGCCCCAUCGACACCAGGACUGGACCGGCUACGACCAUCGCAGCUGCAGUGGGCGGUGUGUUGCUUUUCUUCAUCCUGCUGGGAUUGCUCAUUUUCUACCUGAAGAGGCAGAAGAAGCUGAAGAGAAAGGAAACCAUGAGAAGGAUCCUGCAGGAACACGAGCUGGUUGAGCCUCUCACACCUAGCGGUGCGUCACCAAAUAAGGCUCAGAUGCGCAUCCUGAAGGAGACCGAGUUGAAGAAACUCAGAGUUCUGGGCGCUGGUGCCUUCGGUACCGUUUACAAGGGUGUGUGGGCUCCUGACGGUGAGAACGUGAAAAUACCUGUGGCUAUUAAAGUGUUACGAGAGAACACCUCCCCAAAGGCCAACAAAGAAAUCCUCGAUGAGGCGUACGUGAUGGCCGGGGUGGUCAGUCCUUACGUGUGUCGUCUUCUGGGGAUCUGUCUGACCUCCACUGUGCAGCUGGUCACUCAGCUGAUGCCGUAUGGCUGCCUGCUGGACUACGUCAGAGAAAACAAGGACCGCAUUGGCUCCCAGUCCCUGCUCAACUGGUGUGUCCAGAUUGCAAAGGGAAUGAGUUAUUUGGAGGAGGUGCGGUUGGUGCACCGAGAUUUAGCAGCACGUAAUGUCCUUGUGAAGAACCCGAACCACGUGAAGAUCACAGAUUUUGGCCUCGCUCGUCUGCUUGACAUCGACGAGACUGAGUAUCACGCUGAUGGAGGAAAAGUGCCAAUCAAAUGGAUGGCUCUGGAGUCUAUUCUGCACAGGAGGUUUACCCAUCAGAGCGAUGUCUGGAGCUACGGUGUGACUGUGUGGGAGCUGAUGACGUUUGGAGCCAAGCCUUACGACAUGAUCCCAGCCAGGGACAUCCCGGAUGUCCUCGAAGGAGGAGAACGUCUUCCUCAGCCGCUCAUAUGCACCAUCGACGUCUACAUGAUCAUGGUCAAAUGUUGGAUGAUCGAUCCAGAUAGCAGACCCAAGUUCAAAAGUCUGGUGAACGACUUCAGUGUCAUGGCCAGAGAUCCUCCUCGCUAUGUGGUCAUCCAGAAUGAUGAGCAGAUGAGCAUGUCCAGUCCCGUUGACAGCCAGUUCUUCCGCACAUUAAUGGAAGAGGAGGGGAACAACAUGAGGGAACUGUUGGAUGCCGAAGAGUAUUUGGUUCCUCAGCCAAACACCUUCCCCAGGACUCAGGGAGACGGACAGUCCAAUGGGCCAUCGAGACAUCAGUCGUACAGGAGCAGAGACCAGGGGUUAGAUGUAGAUCCUACAAUGAAUGGCGGCCCUCGUAGCAUGUACUCCUCUCUAAGCACUCUGGGUCGCAGUCAGUACCCAACGCUACCACUGGGGGCCAGCACCUCAAACGGCUUUUGGACCCCUCAGUAUUCCACACUGGUUCGCAGCCCCUCAGCCGAGGGCCAGUCUGACUCCGUCUUCCUCGACGGAGGGCCGGAUGACCCUUCGCUGCCCCCAGCAAGUCCUGGGCGCUACUGCAAAGACCCCACGUAUCCCGGCGGGAGCCAGGGAGACAUUGAGACAGAUGGGCCGAAUGGGUUUCAUCACACACUGCCCCGACAAAGUCACGGGUAUAAUCACAACCACGUAAUUCCAGAGUACGUAAACCAGGACGUCCAGGACUUCCGACCCGAGCGGCCCAGCACCCUGCCUCGGAAAAGCCGAGCAGACAGGCGACUCCCGAACGGCCUGAGCUCCGGUCACAGCGUAGAAAACCCCGGAUACUUGGUCCCGGCGAACUCCACCUCUCCUGCCUUCGACAACCCUUACUAUUUAGACCUUCUGGCUAAAGCCAAAGCAGUAGCCGGGGCCACGUCGAGCGAGGCGGCGUCGCAGAGGGACUCCAGAGUGACCAGGCCUCUGAACGGGUUUGUGACGCCCACGGCAGAAAACCCAGAAUACCUGGGACUGGUAGACUCCUGGAGUGGGCUUGGUUGAGGGUUGAGGGAAUGUUGGUGAACUCGAGGAGAGUCACAGAGUUGACCUCAGAUGUUCUGCUGAGGAAAAAGGCAUCAGUGGGGUGAAAGGGAAGAUGGAGCUUUGUGGAGCAGUGUGUUUGGAACUGUGACGUGAAGAAAUCCAAACCAGCUGAGGACGUUUGGCCAAAGUCCUCCCAACACCAGUUGUGGUACAACGCAACUCACAGCACGAUGUAGCACUUACCUACCCCUCGUCUACGGCGGCGGCGUCCUCCUCCUCCCAGCGGUGUGUAACCACUCGGUGCCAAAAUCAGGGUUGUUCUGUAAAUAGCACCGCCGUUCUUCCUGUCGUGGUAUAAAAAAAGUGUCUGAAUUCAA